AUGGACAAGCAACAAAUAGCACUAUUGGUAAUAGCCGUUGUUUGUGUAGGAGUAUGUGUUUACCGGUAUUAUGGAAAUCGCUUUGACAAAGAUAAUAAUUAUCUAAAGGCUUUGCCCUCCAUUGCUGGUGGACUAUAUGCCUUAAACUUUCCCAAUAAUCAGAAUAAUCAACAGACCAAUUUUCAAGAACAGUCUAACGCCCAAACUCAGCAACCGCCUUCAAUAAUGAUGAAAUUAAUGACUUCUUGUUUACCGGUAUUACUCGAACAGUUUACUGGUCAAACCAUGCCUCCGAUGGGUGGUAAUAAUGCCGAAAUGCAAUUAGCUUUAUCACAAGUUAUUAGUUUACAACAGCAAAUUAUUACUGGUCAACAGAAUUUAGACCAAAGAUUAGCUCAGUUAGAAACCAAUGCUUCCCAGCAAUUCACUGGUUUAGCCCAAGAAGUUAAAAGCAUUAAGUCGAUUAGGCUAACUCAUGACCGCGAAAGAAAGCAAAUUGAAUUUAAUGGUAAUGGGAAUUUCCAGCAAAAUCAAGAAACCUAA